CUCUCGGUGCGGAUCGUUUGUGUCUCCUCUGGACUCUGUGCAGGUUUUCUGGAAGUGGCACCGGGCCGGUCGGACCCCGGCGGACCACAGACCUGCCCGCCGAGCUCAGGAAACGUCCUCCUGAUGAAGAACGUUCCUCCUCUUCCUCCUCAGAGACGCAGCACGUUGCCUCAACAGGUAAAGAGGAGCUGCCAUGUUGGCCUCCUCCAUCCCCCCGUCACUCCUCCUCCUCCUCCUCCUCCUCCCCCCUCCCUCCCACCCUGCUGAUGUCAUCAAGCUACACGGCGCCCCCCUCUCUCAUCUGGUGCUGGACCCGGGGGCGGGGCGGCUCUACGUGGGCGGGGUCGACCACUUGUACCAGCUGACCUCUGACCUGGAGGUGAUGUCCCACGUGAGGACUGGUCCUCAAAUGGACUCCCCGGACUGCCUCCCCCCGAUCAACCCACAGGACUGCCCCUCGGCCACGCCCACUCACAACCACAACAAACUGCUGCUGAUGGAGGCGGGGGCGGAGCCAGGGAGCCUCAUCGUGUGUGGUUCACUCUACCAGGGGAUCUGUGAUAAGAGGAGUCUUUCCAACAUCUCUCAGCUCAUCUAUCAGACCUCCAACCCCGUCGACACUCAGUACGUUGCUGCCAACGACCCUCGAGUCUCCACCGUGGCCGUGGUGAUAACAACAGAGACCAAACAGGAAGGGGGUGGGGCUGGUGGUGUCCUGCGUUUGAUGCUGGUUGGUCGAGGCUACACCAGUAAAGGUCCUGGUGAUAUCCCACCAAUCACAACGCGGCGUCUGUUCCCAGUGGUGCCACCUCGCCGUGCGUUCUCUCAGGAGGAGGAACUUGGAAAACUCGUUGUAGGGAGUUACUCUGAGUAUAACAACCACUUUGUGAAGGCUGUCGCCCACGGCACCCACGUGUACUUCCUGUUCUCUCGGCGGGACAUGUGGCACAAGAAGGAGUACCGGACGUACGCCUCACGGCUCUGCAUCGCCGACCGAAGCUUCUACUCAUACGUGGAGGUGCCGCUGCAGUGCAACGGGUACAAUCUGGCUCAGGGAGCGUGGUUAGGGAACCACUCAGGUGAGCCUGCCCUGUUUGUCGUCAUGGCAGCUGGACAGGCGUCCACACCUGUAGCCACAGGUCGCUCAGCACUGUGUGUUUAUGGGAUGGCGGAGCUGGACGCCAUGCUGCAGAGAGCACAGAAGGUGUGUUACACAGAGGGAGGGCGAGGCAGCAGCGGACAGGAAGAGGCCUACAUCGAAUACGCUGUGUCAUCAAAAUGUCUCAAACUACCAAAGGAAUCUGUGAAAGAGUACCCCUGUGGGGGAGAACACACGCCGAACCCCAUCGCCAGCACUGUGCCACUCCCGGCCAUACCUACCUUCACCGCCACCACCCAGCUGACUGCUGUCACCACGGCAACAGAGGCAGGGCACACCAUCGCCUUCCUGGGAGACCGAGAGGGACAACUGCACAAGGUGUUGGUGCACUCUGAUGGGUCAGGUGACCUGUACGGCAGUGUGUUAGUGGACAGCAGCAGUGCCGUCAGCGCUGACCUCCUAUUGGACGACAGCCAGCAGCAUGUUUAUGUUUUAACCAGCAGCAGGCUGACAAAGGUUCCCGUCUCAUCAUGUGAGAGACAGACAGACUGUCAGUCCUGUCUCGCUGUCAGAGACCCGUACUGUGGCUGGUGUGUCCUGGAGGGGAGAUGUUCCCGUAAACAUCAGUGUCAGCGCCACGCGCAGCCCAACCAUUGGCUCUGGAGCUUUGAACCAACCAAUCAGUGUGUGACGGUGCAGAGCCUGCAGCCAGCCAAUCAGAGCAAAGACGAGCAGACGCAGGUAACCCUGUCAGUCGUCCAGCUUCCUGCCCUCACAGAGGCGGAGUCUCUGUCCUGUGUCUUCGGCCUCCUCCCACCCCAGCCCGCCAUUGUCACAGGCACCAGCAUCACCUGUCAAUCACCUGCCCCAGAGCUCCUCCCACCCAUGCUGACAGGAAGUGAUCACAUGAUCCUGCCUGUGUCACUGAUGUUUGGUCAUGUGACCAUUACCACGGGAAACCUGACCUUCUACGACUGUGGAGCUGUGAGCCGCCUGAACCAGAGCUCCCAGUGUCUGGCCUGUGUCAACAGUGUGUGGAGGUGUAACUGGUGUCCUCUGGAUCAGCUCUGUACUCACAACCACAGCUGUCCCAAUCAACACAUCAUCCUCAACCAGAGGGACUCUCCUGGUCCCACGUCCUGUCCUCUGGUCUUCGCCCUGCAGAGUUCUGCCUUGGUGCCGUUGGGUCUGAGCACCACUGUGGUGCUGCGGGGACGAAACCUGGACGUGUACACGGAUGAAGCUCAGUAUGUGUGUGUGGUGGAAAUCGAAGGAGUUCAGUUUAAUCUGACGGCAGCUGUAGAGAAAACACAUGACAACACACACACCUUCACCUGCAGCCCACACCAGUUUCAGUAUGCUGUCAGUCAGCUUCAGUACUCCACUGCUGUCUACCUGCGUAGAGGAGAGAGACGCAUCGACACCUCACCUGGCCUCCAACUCCAGCUGUACGACUGCUCAGCCGGCCAAUCAGAUUGCUCACAGUGCAGGGCGGUGCCGGAGGAGUACGGCUGCGUUUGGUGCUCAGGAAGCCCCGCCCCCAGCUGCGUCUACAACCAGUCCUGUACCAGUGGACCUGCAGACACCUGCCCGCCUCCUCUGAUCACACAGGUGCUUCCCAUCUCUGGUCCUCUGGAGGGCGGAGUCAUGGUGACCAUCACAGGGUCCAACCUGGGCAUGAAGUACCAGGAUGUGUUGGGCGGAGUCACAGUGGCAGGUGUUCAGUGUACGCCCCAACCUGAAGGAUACCAGAUUUCUACCAGGGUUGUGUGUGAGCUGCAGUCCAGUGGGAAGCCGAGGGAGGGGCCUGUGCUGGUUACCGUGGGAACAACUCCACCUGGAAGGUCAACACAGAUCUUCACCUAUCAGGACCCUCAGCUCCUGGAUCUGGUUCCUGAUAAAGGUCCGGUCUCUGGAGGAACAAGACUUACGAUUAGAGGACGACAGCUGCUGACGGGACAGAAGUCCGACCUGAGCGCCUUCCUGGGACCCCAACCCUGCUACAUUGUGGAGGAGGUGACUGACACCCAGUUGGUGUGUCAGACUGGUUCCAGUUCUCAGACCAGUGAGGUUCCACUUCGGGUUCUGUUUGGUAAAGCGGAGAGAACCGUUCCCAACGUCACCUUCCGUUACCUUGACGACCCCGUCAUCACUGACGCCACACCUGCAGAGAGCUUCUAUGCAGGCGGGCGUGUCGUCAUGGUGACCGGCAGGAACCUGGGCGUCGUGCAGCAGCCAGUCAUAUCGGUGUGGGUGGAGCCUGUGGAGAUCCAGAGGGUGAAACGGAGGAAACGAUUGGCUCUGCUCACCGCCAAGCAGCAGCUGGUCUUCAACAGCACCAUGACAACCGUGUCAGAGCGCUGCGCCGUCCAGUCGUCCUCUCAGAUGACCUGUCUGACCCCCUCGGUGUCCCAAGAUGUCAAAGUGAAGGGUGUCUGGUUCCAGCUGGACAAUGUCCGAGUCCACUAUGAGACCAUCAAGGGUAAAAGCUUCACGUAUUAUCCAAACCCGGAGUUCUUCCCUCUGAACAAAGACGAUCCAGACGCUCCAUAUCGCUUCAAACCAGGAGGAGUGAUCGCUGUGGAGGGUCAGGACCUGACCAGAGCCAUAUCCAGACAGGAAGUGACAGCUCGACUCGGAGAUCAGGAGUGUGAAGUGAAAACUCUGGACAACACUCACCUGUACUGUGAACCUCCAGAGACCCAACCAAUGAGUGUGGAUGACAGCAACCAGCUGCCCAGCCUCAAAGUGUUCAUGGGGAACCUGGAGGUGGACCUGGGCUUGGUUCAGUACGACAGUGAUUCUCUGCCUGUCGUCCCAUUGGCUGCUCAGAUUGGUCUGGGGGCGGGAGCAGCCGUCAUCAUCCUGUCAGUGCUGGUCGUAAUCCUCAUGUACAGGAGGAAGAGUAAACAGGCUCUCAGAGAUUAUAAGAAGGUUUUACUGCAGCUGGAAACUCUGGAGAUCAACGUGGGAGACCAGUGUCGCAAAGAGUUCACUGACCUGAUGACUGAGAUGAUGGACCUGAGCAGUGAUGUAGGAGGACCAGGACUCCCCCUGCUGGACUACAGGACGUAUGCAGAGAGAGUCUUCUUCCCUGGCCAGCAGGUGGCGCCGCUGAGCCGCCAGCUGGACCUCCCGGAGUCCAGGAGGCAGACUGUGGAGCAGGGCCUCCAACAGCUCAACAACCUGCUCAACAACCGACUCUUCCUCACCAGGUUCAUCCACACUCUGGAGGCCCAGCAGGGUUUCUCUCAGAGAGACCGAGGUUACGUUGCCAGUCUGCUCACUAUGGCCCUGCACGAUAAGCUGGAGUAUUUCACCGAGGUCAUGAAGAGUCUGCUGCAGGACCUGGUCCAGCAGUACGUUGCCAAGAACCCCAAACUCAUGCUACGCCGGACAGAGACAGUUGUAGAGAAGAUGCUGACCAACUGGAUGUCCAUCUGUCUCUACUCCUUCCUCAAGGAGGUGGCGGGGGAGCCUCUCUACAUGCUCUACAGAGCCAUAAAGUAUCAGGUGGAUAAAGGACCCGUUGACACGGUGACCGGUAAAGCCAAACGAACGCUGAAUGACAGCCACCUGCUGCGAGAGGACAUCGACUACUGCUCAGUGACUCUGACAGUGUUGGUGAAGAACGGAGUCGAGGUUCAGCCUUGUCCUGUUAAAGUGCUCGAUACCGACACUAUUACACAGGUGAAGGAUAAGAUCCUGGAUCAGGUGUACAGAGGAGCUCCGUUCUCUCAGAGACCAUCAGCAGACAGUCUGGACCUAGAAUGGCGUUCAGGUCAGGCGGGUCACCUGACCCUGUCGGAUGAUGAUGUCACAGCGGUGGUUCAAGGUCGCUGGAAACGACUCAACACUCUGCAGCACUACAAGGUUCCAGAUGGAGCAACAGUCGCUCUGAUUCCUCGCUCUCAGAGUUCAGGUGGAGUUGGAGUUAACCAGGUUUUCCAGACUGGAGAGAAAACGCCAAUGCUAGAGGGCGAGGAGGAGGAGGGUCUGCGUCUGUGGCACCUGGUGAAGAGCAGUGAAGAUCCGGAGAUCCCAAAACACAGAAAGAGCAGCAUGAGGGAGCGGGAGAGGGCCAAGGCCAUACCUGAGAUUUACCUGACCAGACUGUUGUCCAUGAAGGGGACGCUGCAAAAGUUUGUGGAAGAUGUCUUCGUGGCGAUCCUCAGUACGAAGCGUCCUCCUCCAAUCGCCGUCAGAUUCUUCUUUGACUUCCUGGACGACAUGGCUGAAAAACACGGCAUCGACGACCCAGAGACUGUCCACAUCUGGAAGACUAACAGUCUCCCUCUCAGGUUCUGGGUGAACAUCUUGAAGAACCCUCAAUUUGUUUUGGAUGUACAGGUAACCGACAGCAUCGACGCCGUUCUAUCCGUCAUCGCUCAGACCUUCAUCGACUCCUGCACCACCUCCGAGCACAAAGUGGGACGGGACUCUCCUGUCAACAAGCUGCUGUACGCCAGAGAGAUCCCCCGCUACAAACAGCUGGUGGAGAGGUAUUACAGUGAUAUCCACAGUGCUGCAUCAGGCUGUUAUCAGGAGAUGAACUCCACUCUGACUGAAUUGUCCGGGAGUUUUGCCUCAGAGAUGAACAGUCUUGUUGCUCUUCAUGAACUCUACAAGUACAUCAACAAAUAUUACGACCAGAUCAUCAUGUCUCUGGAGGAGGACAGUUCAGGUCAGAAGAUGCAGUUGGCCUAUCGGCUGCAGCAGGUCGCCGCCCUGGUGGAGAACAAGGUCACUGACCUCUGAUGACCUCUGAUGACCUCCAACCCAGUGACCCUGAAGACACUCGGAGCUCCCACUGAGGAAGAGGAGGAUAAUGAGAGACUGAAAUUCUGGAAUUCAUGGACUCUUGUUAACACUGUGUCUUCCUGCUGUGUGUGUGUGUGUGUGUGUGUGUGCGUGCGUGCGUGCGUGCGUGUGUGUAUGUGUAUCGGGGAUAUACGAGGUUUUUAUAGUCAGACUCAGGAGAUCCCAGUUCUUUAGAUUCCUACGCUCCACAGCAGCACUCAGAGUAAACCUGAACUAAACCUGAACCUGGCGGUGGAUGACCUCACACCUGCCGGCAGUGAAAAAAACGACAAUCUAACCAAUCAGAUCAAAGAGCAUCAUCAAGACCUGCUGACUUGCACUACAUUUCCCAGGAUUCCCUGCUGUCCGGCUGUCUGUGGAGCCCAAAAGCACAAUUGUAAUAGUUUCUAUACUGAUCAUGUGUAUCGAUUAUCGACCUGCUGAUCUCAGACAUGCUGGACAUUUUUUAUCCACGAUAUUUUUUGCUUGUACGACUGAAACCAGCACGACUCUGCAUCAGGAGCUUUAACCAGUUUAUAUUAACGCAAUAAGUGAAUCAGGGAGUGUUUCUCAAAUCACAUUUUCAGUGUGACUCCAGUUUGUAAAGCUAACAUCUCAAACUAAACCCUCAGCCUGGAGCUUCUCUGGUGACCUCAACCCCUGACGACCUCAGGACCAGACCCACACUGGUUCCCAUUCUUCCCAGUCUUCCUCAGUCCAGAUUGACUCACCAGGGUUCUCAGGUUUAAGAGUACAUUUUGAUCAGACCUGACAAGUGCUGAAGUUUCAUUUAUCAGCCAAUCAGCACACAACAGAGUCUUGGCGUGAAGAAGGAUGGAGUUUAGCCCAGUGAUGCUACGGAGACAGUUGUGCUACCAUAGAGCUACAGAGGUCACGUCCAUCUUCUGAUUCGACAACGAUGUGUUUGAUGGGAAAUUAAGUAAUUGACAGUUCAGACAGGAAAGGAUUGUAAGACCGACUUCACAUAUAGACUCGGUUUCUAAAGCCCAGUUCAGACCAAAGAUUCACAACAGGACAAGUUGAAACAGGCGAGUACUGUCAAGGCUCCGUUCUGCAAUGUUGUAAGAACCUGCUGGUUCACAGGAAGUGACCACCAUGAGAUGGCGUAUCAUCUCUAGUCAACGACUCUCUGUGCUUCUGAUCUGUAACGCUGACAGGAAGU